AUGACAGCGAUAGGCCAGCUCUAUGGAGUGGACCUGCAAGAAGAGGCUCAGCACAUUGAUGAGGAGCUGUUAAAUGAGUACAGCUUCAGUGUGGAUCAGUUGAUGGAGCUGGCCGGUCUGAGCUGUGCCACAGCUGUGUCAAAGGGCUAUCCUCUGCAAUCACUGCUCAAGAGUCCACCUAGGGUUCUGGUGAUCUGUGGACCAGGAAAUAAUGGUGAAGAUGGGUUGGUUUGUGCUAGACAUCUCAAACUGUUUGGAUAUGAACCUUUUGUAUUGUACCCAAAGCACCCUUACAAACUGCUGUUCCAGAAACCUACCACCCAGUGUGAGAAGAUGGAUAUAUCCUUCCUGACAGAGAUGCCUGAGGUUGAUGUGAUUGAUGAAGUGUAUAAUUUGGUUGUGGACGCCAUCUUUGGAUUCAGCUUUAAGGGUUCGGUGCGAGAGCCAUUUGGCGACAUCCUCUCCCAACUAAAGAAAAUCACUGUGCCCAUUGCUAGCAUUGACAUACCUUUAGGUUGGUAUGUGGAGAACGGCUGUCCUGAUGGGAUUCAGCCUGACAUGCUCAUCUCCCUCACAGCCCCUGAGAAAGCAGCCAAUCACUACCACUUCCUGGGAGGACGAUUCGUUGCUCAUGCACUUGAGAAGUUCCAGCUGAAUCUGCCUCUAUACACAGACACUGACUAUGUGUAUCGGCUGAACUGAGCAUUAGGCCCUUUAUGACUUUUUUGUGUCACUAAUCAACAAAACAAAAAAACACCAUGUGUUAUAGCUUUGAUUUACUACUCUUUAUACUUCUUCCACUUUCAUGUAAUGAGCAGAUAUAGAAUUGAUUAAUCAGCAUCAGUUACAAAUUCAGAAACUCCUUAUUGCAAAGCAUUGUUACAGAAUGUUUCAAAGGAAUCACUCGAAUUAGU